AUGCCGUCAACUCUGAUCCUGUUACUACCGCUCAUCAGCCCCGCUUUGGCCUGGAUUCCAGUGGAGGACUGGGGAGGUUCGGGUAACGUGACAUCCUCGGUGGGAAGUUUAGGUGAGUGUAUUUGUCACGUGUACCUGCCGGACACCAGCUUCCCUGCCGAUCGCGUGCAGCACAUGCAACAAAUAAGCAAGGAUCUGAUCCAGGAAGUGCAGAUUCAAAUGACAAAGAUAAAAUCCUACGAAGAAAAGUUGGUGGUCCAUUUGGAAGAACUGAAGAAGCUACAGGAUAGAGUUGACAUCCUGGGCACAAGCGCUAAUGACUACAUCAAACUGGACUUUGAGCUGCUCAGGAUUGAGCUCAGAGAGUUUGAAUCUCUGGUGUCUCAGCUCAAGGACAACUUCAAUUCGUCCUCGCCCAUGUUUGACACGCUCUACACCGAGAUCCGCAACAUGACUCUAAUAGUCAACCAACUGGAGUCGUACGACAAGAGCAACUUGCAAGUGAUCCGCAUCGAGUUUUACAAACUGCAGAAGAAGCUGGAGGAGUGCCAGAAGGAACAAGAGUUCUCCAAGCCAGAUAUUGGCAACUGCAAUCACACGGGAAUCUUAAGAAUCAGCAAACCUGUGGUUGUUCAACUGAACUCGCAUCUGCAGACGGGUUAUGUUUACGGCGGGUGGGGGAAAGACUCCAAACCUAUCAAAGGUUCCGAGUCCAUGUACUUCUACAGCGGAUCCAGCGGAACCUUAACAGAUCAGUUCUAUUUUUACCGAGACUACAAAAACCUGCUCCUCAUGUCAGCGUCCAAUUCCGUGGGAUUCGGAACCGUUAACAGAGGCCUCGGUAACAAUUACAUCGUUCACGGAAACGGCAUUUAUUAUCAGAAAUACUCGCCUUUUGGUAUGGGCAAAUAUAACCUUACCAGUAAGCAGUAUGAUUCAAGAGUAAUCCCAGCUGCCAGCCAAGCAUUCUCAUACAGUUACUCAACCAACCAGUACUUGGACUUUGCGGCGGAUGAAAAAGGAUUGUGGGUAAUGUACACCACUGAUGAAAGCAAAGGUAAGAUAGUCCUGGCAAAGAUAGAUGAGAAAGGCUUUGGCAUCGAGAAGGUAUGGAAUACGGCCGCUUACAAACAGCUGACCGGCAACGCCUUCAUGGCCUGCGGAGUCAUGUACGCUACCCGAUCGGUGGAUCUCAAUACGGAGGAGAUCUACUACGCUUUUGACACCAAAAGCGGCGAGAAGGAGCUUAGCGUUCGCUUUCCCAAAUUCCGGGAAUACUACACCAGCCUGGAUUACAACCCCACCGAUCAACUCCUCUACAUGUACAACAACGGCUACUACGUGUCCUACUAUGUGAAGUUUAACAAGGCCUGA